CAGUGGAGGACCGUCAGCUGCGCGGCCCUGGGAGGCUGAACCACACUGGCCUGACUUCCCUCCGCUGGUCGUUCUCCACGGCUCAGAGGACUCAGGAAAGCUGGCCGUGCCCUUGUGCUUCCCGGAGGAUGCUGCCUGGCCCUCCGCGCCAUGAACAGCACCCCGAGGGAUGCCCAGGCCCCCGGCCACCGCGAGGGCCUCCUGCCGUCUGUGGCCCGGACCCCCUCCGUCACCCGGGUCCCGCCAGCCAAGAAGAUAACCUUCCUCAAGCGAGGGGACCCGCGGUUUGCCGGGGUUCGCCUGGCGGUCCACCGGCGAGCCUUCCGGAGCUUCGGCGCUUUGAUGGAUGAGCUCUCUCAGCGGGUGCCGCUCUCCUUCGGGGUGCGCUCCGUCACCACGCCCCGGGGCCUGCACGGCCUCAGCACCCUAGAGCAGCUGCAAGACGGCGGCUGCUACCUCUGCUCCGAUAAGAAGCCCCCCAGGACCCCCAGCGGGCCGGGCCGGCCACAGGGGAGAAGCCCUUCUGCUCAGCCGCGGCGGGAUUUUGAAGGUCGCUGCGAGGCACCAGGCACAGCCUCUUCCUGCAAAAGUCUCAAAGCCCCGAGGAGGAUAACGCUGGUUAAGAACGGGGACCCUCGAUUCCAGCAGGCAGUGGUGCUCAGUCACAGAAACACCAGGAACCUGACGGCCUUUCUCAGCAAAGCCUCGGAUCUGCUGCACUUUCCCGUGAAGCAGGUGUACACAACCGCUGGCAAAAAGGUGGACUCUUUGAAGGGCCUGCUGCACAGCCCCACAGUGCUGGUGUGUGCUGGUCAUGAGUCCUUCAGACCUCUGGCGAUGGAAGAUGUCAGAAGAAAUGGAAGCGAACCUUCAUCUGGAAAGACUUCAAGGAACAAAAGUGGGAGCUGGGGGCCAAAGGCCAAGCAGAGUGUGAUGCACGUGCGGUCCAGGCCGGGCAGCAGGCCACGGCAGUUUUCCUUGCUGUCGGAGAAGUCUGGGCUCAGCGACGCCUCGGUGCCCCUGCAUCGUGCCUGCAUGUGCCCUGCCCCCGACAGGCACCCUCCGGACACGCCUGCCCAGCUCGGCCCGUUGGUGGCCAGUGAAGACAUCGAGAAGAAUGUGCAUGUGAACGAGGAUGGCAGCCUGUCCGUGGAGAUGAAAGUCCGCUUCCACCUGCUGGGGGAGGACCCACUCCCAUGGUCCAGGAGGGUCCAGAGGGCCAGCACCCUCACGGCAGCCAGUGGGGAGGGCCCCGUCCCAGGGGAGGCAGAACCCCUCGGCUGUGUGUGGAAGGGCCACCCCGGGGACCCCUCAGAGCCUGGGGUAAAGGGACUGGGGCCGUGCAAGGCAGGAGGCGUGGGAGCCUCUGACCGAGGCCGGUGGCAGCCGGGGACCAGAUAUGAGAUCUGGAUGAACCCCCUUUAUGCCUCCCAGGGAGAUAGGAUGGCCUCUUGGAGGAAGUCAGGGCUGACCCAGAACUCCCACUCCAGAGCCCUCCGGAGCCAAGGGGUGGCCAGCAGGAAAAGAAGGAGCAAGGACAGUGCCAGCCCUGCCUCCAGCGAUAGAUCCCCCGAAGGCUCUGAGCCAAACUCUUCCUGCUGCUCCAGAUCCCUGGAGGAUGGUGUGGGCAGCUGUGGCACACAUCUGGUCUCAGGGGCUGGAGAGGGUGCAGGUGAGGGAGCAGCACCUGGCCGCGGGGGGCACCACCGCUGCCUGAAACCCAGGACCCGCGGCCCAGCAGGUGCGCUUCGUGACUCCUCGACGAGCUGCAGGUCUCACGAGGAGUCUAGUGAAAGGGGCGAGCCACAGCAGGGCCGCCCCAGCAAGACGAGCAGGGCCGUUACUUCCCUGGGGGCCACCCAGUGGGGAGGCCCCCAUCCCCCCACUGUGAGUCCCUUGUCUGUAAGGAAAGAGAGCCCACAGGAAGAGGAGAAUGGACAGGGCGCCAAGUACCCCCAGGCCAGGAGUGGGUCUGGGAUGAAGCUGCCCUUGGCUCAGCGUCGGGCUGGCUCUGGGGAGGAUGCAGGAGGCUGGUCCCCACCUCCUGCCUGUGCCUCAGCCCCGGGCAGGAGCAGAAAGCAGAAGAGCAGAGCCAGCGCCCUGUCCUCACCAAGCAUUAUUAUCCUCAACCGAGGGGUCCAGAGGGACCACUCCAGGCAGCCCCACAACCCAGAGGACACCCACUGCCCACUCGACUUGCCUGUGUCCAGGCCAGUGCCAGGGCUGCCCAGCAGAGGCAGGGCCUGCCCAGACAGCCCAGUGCCUGGCCUUUCUGAAAGCCCGCAGAGCACCAGGAACCAGGAAUCCUGGGACCCAGGGCUGCCCUUCUCUGCCUCUCUUCAUUCCCAGGACACACGAGGACUCAGCAGCAUCCCCAUCACCCCUGUGAGCAAUUCUGACUGUGUUUCCAAUUUCUACCCCCCAAACUCCCCCUCUGCUGAGACCGAAGGGGGCCCUGCAUUCAGGGUGUGUUCACCGGCUCCCACACCUUCAAACACAUCUGGCUGUUUCAGCUCCCAGGCUGAUGGCCUGGGUGAAAAGGCAGUGGGUGACAGUCCCAAGCCUUCCUGGCCGUUGGUCCUGCCAGUUGGGUGGGCUGAGGGAGGGAGGCCGGGAGUGCACCGGGGCAGCUGCUGCUCACAGCUGGGCACAUCCCCAGCCCGCGGGUACCCCCGUGCGAAGAUGCGGUCACUGCCAGUCUCCCAGCCUCAGGGCAGCCAGGGGCCCUCUUCUGAGGCCUGCUUGGUGUGCAGCAGGUACUGUCCCAUGCCCCCCAGGCCACAGCCCUCAGGCAAGAAGCAUCCUUCAGGCAGCCUCAGCCACAGCGAGGGCGACUGCAGUGCUGAUGGGGAGCCGGGUGGGGAUGAGGCAGGGGAGGAAAAGUUGGACGUGUGGCACCCUCGGCCCCCUGGCUCUCAGGGAGGGGCCAUGGGGAGAGCAGUCAGAGCUGUCAGAAGGGGCAGCCCCCACAGCGGUCCCAAGCUUGGGAGGAUGUUCCGGGGGAAGGUCUCGGGCCAGGGGGAAGGCCUGGAGGAGCAAGAGGAAGGUGGCAGUGUGAUGCUGGGCACCCUGCCCCGAGCCUCCCCGGAGGCCGUGGUCCAUGCAUGGCUCAGCAACAUCCCAGAGGAGCCCAUGAAAUAUGAGAUGGUGGAUGCGGGCCAGGAUGUGGCUGGACAUGGGCUGGAAGGCCCCUGCGAGGACCUUGCUGACAAACAUUCCCCAGAUAGCCUGGAAAGGCUGAUUCAGGCCAGACAACUGCCCCCGGAAGGGGCCGCCAACAAGAAAACAGAACCAGAUGGAGCCCUCCCAGUGACUGGCGGUGCUAGUCCCAAGUCAGGAGAGGGCCUGCCAUGCCGUGGCGUUUCAGAAGCCCCUACGGAGGCUGGAACAGGCAAAGGAGCGGCUGUGGACAGUGGGAUGGACCAGUGCGUGCUUCCCAGCAGGGUCUCUGCCUCCACACAGAUCAUAAAGGCACUGAUGGGAUCCGAGCCAGGCCGGCCCAGCAGUCUGCCCGAAGUGUCCAGCCCAGCGGGCAGGAGGCUCGGCCGCUCGGCCCAGGCCCUCAUCACCUGUCUCGCUAGGCUCCGCUUCUUUGAUGACAACCUUGGGUCUCCUGCUGGCAAAGUGAGGUUCACAGACUCUCCUCGGUACCAAGAGCUCCUGAGCACCUUCCAGGUCCUUUGGCCGGGGAGUGGCCUCGGGCACAGUGAGCUGGACUCGAGCCUCCGGGAGCUCGGCUGGUUCCAGGCCCCGCCAGCCCUCGAGUCCCACCCUGCAACUGAGGACUUCACGCCAACAUCCUCCUCUGGAGUGGACGUUGGCAGUGGUUCUGGAGGCUCGGGGGAGGGCAAUGGACCCUGCGCUGUGGACGGUGCCCUGGUCCCUGAGAGGAUGGAGCUGCCCUUAAGCAUCCCCUGCCAGAGGCCUGAUUCCAGAGCCUCAGGGAACUCAGAGGACCCAGGAAACCAGCAGAGUGGUUCCAAGGCUGGUGGUGCCUCCAGCGAGGACGGGGCAGAAAGAAGAAGUGAGGAGCUGCCGUUAGGCAGUGACCUGGACCAAGGAGUUAGAAACGUGAUGCAAGAAGAGGGGGUACAAUUAGAGGGAAUAAAAGAAGAAAAAGAUAAAGCAGAACUGCAAGAAGAGGAUGUCCAAGGAGUUCCAGAAGAGGAACCAAUCAAGGGAGGAGACUUGUCAGGGGCGGGCUCUCAGGAUGGGGCGGGUGCCUGGGAAGACAAGAGCCUGCAGGGAGAGGAGGCAGGAGACCCCUCCUCAGCCACGCUGAGCCCUCCAUGGAGGAGAGAGAGCCCAACAGAGUCUCCCAGGAGCCUCAGGGACAGGGCCCCGAAUGCCAGUGAGAGUCAAAGUGGCCCCAAAGUCGAGCCCGCUUUGGAGAAGUUGCCCAGAGCAGCUGAGACAGGCUGUGGGCAAACCCAGGCCAAACUCACCCAGGGGGCUGGGGAGAGGGGCACUUCCGUAGCCCGCAGAGGGUCUCUGGACCCUGACCCCCUCUGGGUGUCCAAGUUGCUGAAAAAGAUGGAGAAGGCCUUCAUGGCCCACCUCGCCACUGCCACGGCCGAGCUGCGAGCCCGCUGGGGCCUGGAGAGCAAUGACCUGCUGGACCAGAUGGUGGCCGAGCUGCAGCAGGACGUGGGCCGGCGACUCCAGGACAACAUCAAGAAGGAGCUCCUCAAGGUCCAGAGCCGGGUGGGGGGCACGGCGCUAGGGCCGCCCAGGGAAGCCCUCUGCCUGCAGACCGAGCAGCGUAGGCAGCACCUCCAGGUCCUGCACAACCUCUCGGCCUUCUCUGAGCAGAUGCGGGACUGGGGGCCCCCCUCCUUCUCUCUGGAGGAUGUACCAACCUUCAGAGGAGCCCUGGGAACCCGGCUGGGGGAGGAGGUCGAGGGGGAGGAGUUCUGUCCCUGCGAGGCCUGCAUGAGGAAGAAAGUGGUCCCUGCAUCUCCGAGGGAUGCAGGGCGGGCAGCCAGCGCACCCAUCAGAAAGGCCUUUGACCUGCAGCAAAUUCUGCAGAAGAGGAAAGGAGGGUGUGCUGACAGGGAGAUAGCAGAGGCGGCCCCUGAGAGGAGGGUGACGGAACCCCUUCAGAAGGACCCCUCUGGGACUGGCAUUGUCCGGGGAGCUGACGGAGACCCUGAGCUGGGAUCAGGCCAGGGCCCCGGGGCGGAGGAGGGGGGUGAGACCCUUGACAGAGAUGAAGACCCCCGGUGGGCAGAGGAGGAGGCAGCUGCUGAGAAGAGAGAAGGGGAAACAGACCCCUGUGUAGGCAGCGACCUGGAGUGGGUGGGGAGGGCUGAGCAGGGCGCAGGCAGGGAGGAAGGAGACCAGGAGGUGCGCUCUGGGGCUGAGGACACUGGAGAAGGUGGAGCCCUGGGAGUAGCUGACCUAAGUUCAGGAGAACAGAAUGCUGGUGCCAAAACUGCAGAGGCCCAGGAAGCUGAAGGGGAGGAACAGCCAGAGUGGGGAGGAGGAAAUCGAGGUGAGAAAGAAUGGGGCCCUCAGCUUCGCCCCGGACACGGCCAGUUGGGGGAGGCUUAUGGAAACAGUGGCCCAGAACAGGAGGGCAGGCCCGCGCCUUCCCCGGCCCCAAGUGCAGACACCCCCUGCCAAAGGUCAGGCCCAAAGCCAGGCCUUUCGUCCUCUAGCAUAUCAUCUCUGGGAAACUGCUCUCAGCUCUCUCAGAAAGGCUCUGAAGAAGAGCCUUCAGACAGAUACACGGAGAGCACUGAAGAUGAAUCCAGAGAUGUCCCUGAUCCAGAAAGAAAAGUCACAGGCACAUGUCCAGAAAGCUCCACUUUGGAACAAGAAGGGGCCCCCUUGGGCUCAAGGACUCCAGAGCAGGGGGAAGAGGGAGACCCGGCUCCAGAGCAGGGGGAAGAGGGAGACCCGGCUCCAGAGCAGGGGGAAGAGGGAGACCCGGCUCCAGAGCAGGGGGAAGAGGCAGACCUGACUCCAGAGCAGGGGAAAGAGGAAGACCUGACUCCAGAGCAAGGGGAAGAGGGAGACCUGACUCCAGAGCAGGGGGAAGAGGAAGGCUCUGACUUAGAAGCUGAGAAGGUAGUGAAAAGUCUCCCUUCCACAGAAAUGAGGUGUAAAAGCCUGUCCACAGACAGGACAGAUAGCUUUGGCCAAGACGACUUAGAUUUCUAGAGAUCCAACAGUGAUACAGUCCUGAGUCUGGAGCUCAGCCCACUGGAGAUGCACAAAGGACACAAGCAAAGAUCAAGGAUACGGCCACCCCACGCUGCCCUUGGUUCUAAAUUCUGGGGCUUCCGAGGCCCCAUCAGCCCAUCUACCCAUGGUGUGAGAGAGGGUCAUCUCAGAUCUGCCCUGUUGUUAGAGGUCAGCUGCCCCUCCACUUGCCUGCUGAGGGUGGAACUGCCUGGCAAUGGUCCAGGAGAGGUUUUGUUUGUGUUUGUUUUUUGCUAGUGAGUGUUUCCCUUGUGUUUCUUUUGCAUAUCGAUCUCCAUUUAUUUCUCUCCUUGGCCUCUCUUGGGCACUGACCUCACUCGACUUUGAAGUGCUUUUUUCUAGUCUUGACUGUAUUUGGUGACUAUGCAGAUAUGAAUACUUGGGAGAAGAGGAUAAAGUCAGGGUCAUUGAACAAAGUUUGUUCUUAGCCCUGAAGUCCAAGUGUCUUUCCUUAACUCAUAUAUAUUUUUUGGAAUGAAAAAAACUGGAAAAUGCAAAAAAAAGGAGAAAGAAGGAAAAGUAGCCCCUCAUAACUCCCCCCCUCAGGGGUGACUCAUGGUAGCAGCUUGAUGUAUCUCCUUCCCAUCAUCUUUCUAAUUAUUCAUAGUCGUGCUCACCCUUACAAAGUUUUUUAACGUAAUACAAGAAUUUCCCCUAUUAAUCUCGAAAUCUUCAUAAACCUAUUUUUAAUACCUGGAUAAUGUUUUUAAAGCCCAAAUAAUAUACGAGGGUGAGUCAAAAAUAAUCCGCACUCUGGCUGUAGAAUUUAUUUUAAUUAACUUUUAGAAAAGACAAAUAUAUCAUUUUUCAACAUAAUCUCCUUGCUUUUCAAUACAUUUUGUCCAUCUGUCAACAAGCGUUCAUAUUCCCUCAUUAAAAACUGCUUUAGGCUGAGCUGUGAGCCACAAAUGCACCGCUAUCUUCACUUCAUCAGAAGUCAAUCUUCAUCCUCGUAGGGCUGCCUUCAGGGGACCAAACAGGUGAAAGUCUGAUGGAGCAAGAUCAGGACUAUAGGGAGGAUGCUAUAACACCUCAAAACAAAGUUUUUUGCAGAGUGUUAACAGUGUGGGCAGAAGUGUGCAGAUGUGCAUACUCUUCACAAAAAAGGAAUCACUGCACACUGGUCUUCUUUCGUGCAAAUUGCCAGUGGGGCAUCCAUUUUUGCUCGUGCCGCAGCUGCAGAUAAACUGAUAUAAUACAUUCACACUUGCACAGCAGUGACUGGGGAGACAGUAGCCUUGAAUGGAAAGCGCUGAUAAGACAUUGCGGCCAACAGAAGUUUUGAUAUAACCGAAGUGUGGAUAAUUUUUGAGUCACCCUCAUAUUAUGAGACUAUAAAAUAUUUUUCCACCAUCUGCUGUUUGUUGACCAUUUAGAUGGUUUCCGUUAUUUUUUUCCAUAUAUAUAUAUGUAUGUAUAUAUUUAUAUAUAUAUAUAUUUUCCCCCUGAAUGGCAGAUGAUUUCUUUAGGAUAGAUUCCCAGGCACAGGAUUACUUGGUCUAAAGAUAUUGACUUUUUUAAGGCUCUUAAUACCUUCUACCACAUUGUUUUUCUAAAAGUCCACUAGUUGUACUAAGUUACAUCACCUGGCUCACCACAUUCUCAACCAUGUUUGGUAGAGUCAUUAAAAAUGAAAAAUCUUUUGCUAAUUUUAUGGGCAAAAAUAUUACCUCAUUUCAAUGUGGAACUAUUUCAGCUAUAUUUGAUUGCUAAUGAGAUUAAAGAGUUUUCUAGUUUUUUUUUAAAGCUAUUUGCAUAUGAAUUAUAUGUGUAUGACUUUGGCCCAUUUUCAGCUGGGAUUCUAGCUUUAUGUUUUAAUGAAUUGAUUUAUGUGUGUCAUUUGUAAUUUUUUAAAAACAUUCUAUUUCUCAUUUUUGAGAUUGAAAAAUAAUGCCCUUUUUUGGCACGCUUUUUCUCCAGCAAGCCUUGGACUGGGGCCAUCUGGGUCGGGAGGCCGUUGAUGGGGCAAAACUUCCUUCAUGGGUUCUUUCCAGCAUUCCUGCCCAUACAGGACCACUUUGUAUAUUCAGAAUUAUUAAAACAGAGGCCUGUGCUACAAGAACAGGUAAUGUUCACUGGUUGUUUAAAUGUAAAUAUAAACAUAUAAAAUAAAAUAAAUAAUUAAUAAUAGAAAAUAAAGCAAAUGCUGGGUGUAGGUUGU